AUGAUACUCAAUCAGAUUUCCUAUCUGGAUUGCAUCGCUUUCCUCGUCUUCCUUGCUCCUCAAUUGCUCAUCAGAGUCGGUCCUAUAGAAACAAUCACUUGUGUCGUCAAGGCAUUGCCAUUCUUCUUGGUCCAACUCCCGUAUUCAUUCAUCAAAGAACGCUUCUUCACCGCAAAAGCACAAAAGUCUGCUUUCAACCAACACGCCACUCCCUUCCAGGACUUUGUCAUUCGCUGCGUUCGCUAUGCUUUUGCAAAGAUUCCUGCUACCAUCGGGAAAGUCUUCUUCUCGAAAGGUGUUGCAUUGCCAUUCUUCUGGUUCCGCAUGUUGAGGCAUGGAUAUCGUAGAUCUGCUAUUCCAUGGAAAGAGGUCAAGAAGCCUGGUCUUCAUGGUAUUUGGAUGAUCUGUGAUGAGGCCAGGAAACCUGAUAUUGUGAUUUACUACUGCCACGGUGGCGGCUUCUCAAUGGGCAGCAGCUUCUUCUACCUCGAGUUCCUCCUCGCAUGGGUCAGCAUCCUCAAAGAAUCCGGCUACGAGAACCCAGCUCUCUUCGCCCUCGAAUACACUUUGGUCCCUGAGUCCACGUAUCCCACUCAAGUCCAUGAAACACUCCUCGGCUACGAAUACGUGCUUUCCAAGAUCUCGGACUCGUCAAGAAUAGUGGUUAGCGGUGACUCUGCAGGCGCAACACUGAUGCUCAGUUUACUGCUUUACAUGUCCAAGGAGCCCAAGCUACGCACUCAAUUGCCCGGCUUGGGUGUGAUGAUAUCACCUUGGGCCGUCAUUGUAUCUCCAAAGAACAAAGAUACACCUAGCGAUUACCUCAAUGCUGAGUCCCUGCAUCUCUACGGCAGUCAAUACGUUGGUUCGAAAGCCUCUGCUUCUGAUCCCAUGGUAUCCCCUGGCAAAUGCAGAGACGCGGAAUGGUGGAGACGGGCUUCGCCCAGCAAAGGCUGGUUGUUCAUCUACGGUGCUGAAGAGGUCUUUGCACCAGAGACUGUCGAGCUAGUCAACUUCUUGGGAAAUGAUGUCAAGACGGAAGUGAGUGUGCAUGAAGAGAAAGGAUGGAUUCAUGCGUGGCCGGUGGUGAAGCUUUUCCUUUGUGAUGGCCAGAAGGAGAGGCAGAGUGGACUUAGAAGUAUGACAAAGGUUGUGCGGGACAGAAUAAGAUAA